CGAGAACGUGCAAAGUCCAGGCCAUCACUGUCGGAUCGUACCAUCGAGAGCCUUCAGAACCUGCCAUCCACGCCGAGGGCCAACCGGAGAUCAAGCUUCUUCUCACACUUAGAGUCACCGAGGGGCCUGCCCCCUAGGCCAGCGUCUGCAUUAUCCAGAAACGGCAGCUCGCACAGUAGGCCUGGCACAAGUGAUGGCAAUUUCUCUCAGCGGAUGAAGGUUGCGUCGCCGGCUAAGAGAAUCACGGCUAGCGCGAAACCUGCGUCUAGAACCGUGGAUCACCGCGCUACUCUUCCAACUCCGCAGAGGAGAAGUGUGAGUACUUCGUUCACUGCGAAGCUGCAGGCACGUAGAGAUGAUGUGCCACCAGUACCUAACCUGCCGUCGCAUAUGAAGCAGGGUACUGUGCCCGCAGCAUCACUUCGAGGUCAGACGAACAGCAAGCCUCUAAAUGGAAGUAACACCUUGGUAACGCGGACACCACGGUCAAGACCCACCCUCGAAGGCGCCUUCGAGCGUGCAGACGCGAAGGGGCCUUCUCUAAACCGUACACCGAUCAAGUCUCAAAAGCCGAGUACCCCUUCCAAAGGUGGAGCACCAAGCUCGUCUGCGGCCCUGCGCGAACAGAUCGCUGCGGCGAAGGCAGCAGCUCGGAAGCAGCAAGCCAAGCACGACUCCCCUCAACAAGCUGAUUUCGAUCAUUCUGAAGCAUCCAGUCAUGCGGACCCUUUCAAUCAGGCACACGAAGACAACAUGCACAUUCUGCGUAACCGCAUUAGGACUGCUUGGACCGACGGCAAACUCAACAUUGCUGGCAUAGAUCUCCAGCAGAUUCCGGACGAAGUGUUGCGAAUGUACGACCCGAAAGUGCUGGAGGACGCGAACAUCAACUGGGCCGAAGUCAUCGAUCUGACGAAGUUGGUGGCGGCUGACAAUGAGCUUGCAAGUCUCGGAGACGAUGUUUUCCCUGACGGAGCUGCCGCUGAAGACGACGCAAACUCCCCGUUUGGCGGGCUAGAAACGCUUGAUUUGCAUGGGAAUUUACUGCAGUCAUUGCCCGUAGGCCUGCGACGCUUGGAGCGCUUGACAACCCUUAGCUUGGCACACAACAAGCUUGAGAACAGUUGCUUGAAUGUGAUUGUGCAGAUUACGACACUUAAAGACCUCCGUCUCGGGCAUAAUCAGCUAUCUGGCCAUCUACCGGCUACAGUAUCUCGGCUCUCGCAACUCGAGCAUUUGGAUUUGCAAAGCAAUCGUCUGCUGGGACUGCCGGAGUCUCUGCGCGAGCUUUCGAUGCUGAAGGUCUUACAUGUGUCAAGUAACCAGUUAACCACUGUACCCAUGGAUGCACUUGAGCAGGUUCCGCUAAUUGAACUGGAUGUCAGUGGAAAUGCUCUCAUCGGUUCACUGUUCCCACCCGAUUGCAGCUCCGCACACGCUACAUUGCGUACGCUGAGCGUUGCCAACAAUUCGUUGGCAGCUCUGACUUUCUCGGACGCUUUGGAUUUGCCCCGGUUGCAGUCACUGGACGUUACCAACAAUCACCUCACAGCGCUGCCGUCUGUGGCGGGGUGGACAGAGCUCGUCACCAUUGCUGCAGGCGAGAACAAGAUGCAAGAGCUCCCUGAAGGGUUUGUGACCUUGCCCAGUCUACGGACUGCCAAUUUUACGAGCAAUGAGCUCCGUCUGCUUGACCCUGAGCUCGCUCGCAUGGAUAACCUGCAGACUCUGAUCCUUGCAGCAAACCCACUCCGGGAGAAGAAGUACCUCAGCAUGAGCGCUGCAGAUAUCAAGCACGACUUAAUUGGCAAGCUUGAGCCUGAGAGUGUCGAAGAUGGCGCGGUAAGUGCGGUGGAAGCUGCCGGCGGGAGUGCCGAUGCGACCUCGAAGGCCUUCUCGUGGGCACUGAAAGCUCGUAACGUGCUAGACCUUGCCGGCAAAGUGCUGUCCGACGAUAUAAACGACGGUCUAGGCUCCUUUCUGCAGAGCAACGAGGUAUGGGAGUUACAUGUGAACACGAAUAGGCUCACGGUUGUUCCUCCUGCACUUUGGCUUGCACAAGACCUUCGCAUCUUGGACGUGUCUCACAACACUUUUGGCCCAGACUACCUAGUCUCGGAUCUGGAGCUGCCCGCGCUACAGGAGCUGACUGUCAGUCACUGCGGCUUGACAACACUUGAGCCACUUAUGAGCCAACUUUCAGCGCCAGCAUUGACCAGACUCGACAUCACGGCAAACCGUUUGACCGGACCUGUCCCGAAGCUGCGUACUGUAUUUCUUUCGCUUGAAACGCUGCUUGCAGGCGAAGCCAAGUUCACUUCCGUCAGCGCCGACGCUAUACGCGGCCUGCAUACAGUAAAUCUGGCGAAUAAUGAUCUCCAAGCGCUGCCGGCGCAGAUCGGUUUGCUGUGGGAUGAAGGCUUGCGAAACCUUGAGGUCGGCGGCAACGCCUUCCGAGUACCGAGUUAUCGAGUUUUGGAGAAGGGCACGGAGGCGACGCUUAGAUGGCUUCGUGAUAAGCUCCCGGCC